UUAAAAAUUUAUUUUUUCUUUCAAAUUUCAUUAUUUUCCCACAAACAUGACCUCCAAUUCCAAAAACAAAACCACGGGCUCAACAACUAAACAAAGACUAUCGGAAGAUUCUACCACUGUUAACAUAACCUCCAAUAUAAAUCUCCUUAUCCUAGCCAAUAAAAAUGAUUUUUAUAAAAUUCUCAAAGAAACCAAUAAUCGUUUGCUGGUAAUUGAAUUCUUUGCCCACUGGUGUGGACCUUGUAAGAUAUUGGCCUCUAAAUUAGAGCAAGUAGCAGAGGCCUAUAAAGGCAAAAUAUUAAUAGUUAAAGUAGAUGUAGAUGAAUUUGAGGAUUUAGCGAUGGAAUACGAUGUUUCCGCCAUGCCCACUUUUAUGCUAAUGAAAAAUCAACAGAAGUUGGAACAAUUCUCGAGUAGUAAUGCACAGACUUUGGAUCAAAAUUUGGAAAAGUAUGCUGGGAAGCCAGAAUUAAGUGGAAAUGGUAAGGGAAGCAGAGGAGCUCAGGAGGGUUUAAAGGACAAGGAUAAACAGAAAAGGGGCAGUAAAAAGGAGUAAAUUUAUAUGUUACACGUUUUUCAUUAAAAUUUUUGUAUACUUUGAACCGAAAAUUUUAAUAAAUUUUGUUAAUAAA